AUGCCCCCUAUCCGUGCACUAGAUGACUGGGCUGCGAGCCGCGCAUAUUCCCUUGCUCUUUCCAGCUUAAAAGGAACCGUGAUUGGCAUCGAUGCUACCUACUACCUCCACCAGCAUUUGCACCACCCGUCUACUCGCGAGCCGCUUCUGAUUGCCCUGGGAGGCUUCCCGUUUGCACUCCGAGCCAACAUCGAACGUGAGCUGAAAGAGCUCAAGGAGCUGGGUGUUGGCGUCCUUUUCGUCUUUGACGGUCUCCAAUUCGGCGUCGAAGAAUCACAGAACCGUGUACGGAAUGAGUCUAGGCGUGCCGACUCUGCCCGCGCUUUUGAGCAGGCUUGGGACUUAUAUGAUCAGCAACAAGCCGAUCAGGUGGUUGAUGCUUUUAGUAAUGCUGGUGAGCGCAGCGAGAUUAACCGAACGGGAGUGAAUGAGAUUGCUGACUUGUUUGUUCCUUUUGAAAUAACAGGCAACCCAGAGCCGGUCGAGUUUUACCGAUUCCUGCAGCGAAUUCUCCAUGAGAAUAAUAUCGAUUUCUUUGUAGCUCCCUAUAGCGCUGCCGCCCAGCUCAAGUACUUUGAGAGCGCACCCAAACCGUUCAUAGAUUUUGUCUGGGGCUCUACGGAUGUGCUUCUAUUCGACAUUGAGAAAGUUAUCCUCAAACUCGACCUCGAGGCUAAUCAAUUCUUCUGGGUGUCAAAGGAGAACUGCAAGGAAGAAUUGGGCCGGCUCACCAGUGAGCAGUUUCUGGACUUUGGGCUCCUGCUAGGCUCUCGGUUCCUCCGAACAUUCCCUCCUUUUGAGAAUCCCACUUUCCCAGGGAAGCCAUGGAACAUUCGCGAUGCACUCAAUAUGUUCAACAAUGCAAAUCGCCAUGCCACCACUCUAUGUUCACAGUUUGAAGAGGACCGUCGUGUGCAGGACCUCCAGUAUCUCGACCGCUAUAAACGAGCUUAUAUGUCGGUCAAACAUCAUGUAAUCACUGAUCCCGAAGGUCGAGUGGGACCGUUGGAUCCAGAGACUGCUCCAUCAGACGUGCAUGAACUGAUCGGUCAGCGUUUACCCGAGGAGCUGUACUAUUACAUGUCGAGAGGCAUCAUCGGGUCUAAUAUUCCCAACUAUCUGACUUCUGGGCAGCUGACUGUGCUACUGCCCUUUGGUGUUGAAGAUUCUGAUGUCUACCGCCAUCUCACCGGUGAUUUGCUGAUGCCAGUUCGCGAACAAGCUAUCUGCUUGCUCUCGAAUUGUCUUCAUCGGUUCUAUCAGACAAAGGUCAUUAAUGUGCGCCUCUGGUAUGAGGAGAACACAGACCGCACCAUGAAUCUUAAAACUCUACCGUCACUCAGAGAAGUUCUUCGAACCUGGAGGAUCAGUCAUAAGCAGUUGCCCAGCGAGCUGGCUAACAGUCAGACUUCUCGUGCAUCGUUAAAGUUCGCCAUAGAAAGCUUGAAGAACUCAGCAUUUGUAUCGAAGACUUUUGCUUCUAAAGACUCUUUGCCACUGUCCUCGGAAGACGAGAUUGUGCAUCAGACUAUCUUGGGUUUCCUACAGCUCCGUGGUUAUGUGAACAAUAAACAUGAGCUCACAGACUGGGGCCGAUGCUUUAGCGAGGCCAUUAACACGCUUGAUACAACUAAAACUCCGGUCGAUCUACAGAGUUUUGAAUCAAUUUUCACUGCUGUCGAGAUGCUGCGUCUGGGGGUUUUGGGUCCUAACGAUUGGUUCCCGAAUCACUCUGGCGGUCCGAUGCGAGGCUCAGAAGAGGACAAAUCGUAUAAUCUCCUAGUCUCGCGAGUAGCAUGUAUCGGAAAGCUUAAACAUAAGCCCAUUGGCUACUCCGGACCGCUCAGUCGACAGCUUCUUUCUUUCCGUUCAUUAGUCGCUGCCGUACGACGAACUCUAAGAGAGUUGAUCGAAGUAAUACUCACUUCAAUGCUGUUGAGCGGUGAAGUGGAUCGAAGUAUCGGCAACGAAGGGCUGACGGCACUUGCUUUUAAACUACCUUUUAUUGAUGAUAAUGAUUGUGGACUCGGUAUCGCAGUGCGAACGUAUCUUGAUGACCUGCUCUACCAGCCUGAAUCGUCGUCCCCUAAAACGCGGGAAGAGGUUAGGGCUAAGGGCAAGGAGUGGUUCCAGCAUAGUGAGAGCUUCGAAGCAAACUUGGACACCGCUUUUACCUUAUGGGAUGCGGUCUAUACGGCAUCUCAGCAUGCGCCGAAGAGCUUUAAGGGGGCCAAACAGUGGGAAGAUGCCAACAAAUGGCUGGCUGGCCAACGCUGA